AAUAUUUAGUUUAUAAUAAAAGUUUCAUUGACAUGGUUUUUCCAUUGGAUAAUCCUAAUCCAAUUCACAAAAGAUAUGAAGAUUAUAUUCGCUUCUUCUGCUCAGCGGUUGCUGUAUCAUCUGCUGCGUUUCUUACAAAUCCUAUUGACGUAGUAAAAGUUCGCAUUCAAUUAGAUAAUGCACUUUCAGAAAACAAAAAUAUCUUUGCGAAUCGGAAGUACAAAGGAUUAGUUAGAGGAGUCAGCCUAAUAGUUCGAGAAGAAGGCUUUAAAGGAUUAUAUAAAGGUGUUGUUCCUUCGGUUCUUCGAGAUGGAAGUUACAGUACACUAAGAUUAGGAUCCUAUGAACCUGCUAAAAAUUUCCUUGGAGCUUCAUCGGUGUAUGCACCAUUAUGGAAAAAAUUAUUAGCUGGUGCAAUAGUUGGAGGUAUAAGUAGCGCCAUAUGCAAUCCCACGGAUGUAGUAAAAAUCAGAAUGCAAGCGGAGGGUGCACUUCAAAUUGGCGAAAAACCACGUUAUAAAAGUACAUUUUCUGCGUUUCGAGAUAUUUUGAAAACAGAGGGCGUGCGUGGGUUGUGGAAAGGUGUUGUUCCAACUGUAAUUCGUGCUUCUAUAUUGACAGCAUCUCAAAUACCAACAUAUGAUCAUACUAAAUGCUUAGUUUUACGAAACAAUAUCAUGGACGAUGGUUUAAGGCUGCAUUUUGUCGCAUCCAUGUUCUCAGGAUUAGUUACCGCAUUUAUGACUAAUCCUGUUGAUGUGAUUAAAACCCGAAUAAUGAGUGAAAAUGUUGUUGCAAACAAAAGCUUGGUAUACGUGUCUACAACAGCAUGUUUUGCAAAAAUACUUAAAAGCGAAGGAGUUUUAGGAUUUUAUAAAGGGUUUAUGCCAAAUUGGAUGCGUUUAGGUCCACAUACUGUUAUUACAUUUUUAAUAUUUGAACGACUAAGAUAUGCCUUUGGUUUAAAACCGUUGUAGUACUUAAUUUGAAUUUUAUUUAUAAUAAACUAAUAAUAAUUUUGUA